UUACAUGCGGACAUAUUGGGAUAUUUCAAUUUACGGACAGUUACCCUACUGGUUUUGGGACUUGCGGUCAAUGGAUCUCGGAUAAUACCCUGAUUUAUGUUCUAGAACCCCAACAUAAACACACAAGAAGUUGUUUUUGAUACUCCCAAUCCAGAGAUGUUCGUCCCGAGAGGCCCCCCUCCCCCACUUUUAGUGGGAGGGGAGGGACCACUGUAUCUCAGCCUACAAUCACUGGAUCUUGGAUCUUGGCCUACACACACUGAGUACAUUCUCCUAUUGACAAAUUCAGUUUUUAUGUUUUAGAACCCCAACAUAAGCACCAGUGCUGUGUAUGUCUCCGAAAGCUAAUUCCAGAGCUCGGCUCUGGACCCGGCACUUCCGGAGCCGGAGUCAUAGCAUUCCCGAGAUGUCCGUCCCAAUAUGUCCGCCCCCUCCCUUUUUAGUGUCAUAUUACAAAAAUUUUUUAAACAGGUCGAUUGCUUUAAACGUGACCGUGAAUUCAGGCUCCGCCAACUACAAUUACAACAACAAGCUUCUGAAAUUCUCACUCCUGCUGUUGUCCCAACUGCUGCUGCUGUUGUUAUCGUUGCUCCUACUACUGCAUGCGUUGUUGGUACAGCCCCAAUUCUUAACACAGCCACUUCUCUUGCUCAUCUUGCCGAAGCUUUAGCAGCAUCUUCUCAGGCAACAGCUGCAACUACGACUACAAAUAUUAUUACUAAUGGAGUUACUAAUACUUCUAAUGUUGUUAUUCAGCCACAACCUAGCGGGAAUGUCAAAUCAACAUGUUUUGAACGUAUUCAAAACCCUGAAAUAAAAGAAAUAAUUGACCGUGUUACAAAUGAGAAAAAUAAUUUAGACCAAGCAUCAUCUACUCAACAGUUAUUAAAUGGGGAAGAAGAGGAGCAAUGUGGUAUUCGAAUAGAUAUUCAAAAUAGAGAGCAGGAUUUGACUGGAACUAAUAAUGAGAUUCAUAUGCAAUUAUACGUAAUUGACGAACGUAAACGAGCUCAAUACAAAUUUAAAGAAAAUGAAGGGUUAUUAUUUUCUUUUGACAUAGAGGUUGAUAAAGCAGAAGAAAUUGUUCAACAAAUGGUGGAACAACAAUUAAUCCCAGAUUCCGACAUUAAACAUAUCACGAAACUAAUUAAGGACAAGGUUGACACAUUUAAACAUGACCGUGAGUUAAGACUACGUCAACAACACCAACAAUUACAACAACAACAUUCAACAGAGAUUAUAAAUCCUCCAACAGUUGUUAUAGUUACUCCACCUAUUAAUAAUGUUAAUCUUCCUCCUGUUGCUUCUUCAUCAACAACAAAUAUUCCCCCUCCAACGAGUAUUCCUCCUCCUAUUGUUAACAACAAUGUUGUUGCAGCUCCUGUUCCUCCUCCUCCCGCCCCCACACCUUCAUUAAACUCUACAACAUCAUUAGCUCAUCUUGCCGAAGCUUUAGCUGCAUCUACCCAAGUAAAAUGUUCUUCUUCACUUCAACCCAAAGAUUUUUUACAAAUUUAUUUAUGCAAAAAUUGUCGUGAAAGGUUAUUCAAAUCGGAUGAAAAAAUUCAACGUGAUGGAGCUGGAGUAACCUUACGUAUAGAUUUGUGUGAAGAAUGUGUUAGUAAAAAUAUUGCAGCGACUGAUUUAUUUAAAUGA